UCCCCGGCCUUGACAGAACCUCCUCUGCCAUCGCCGCCUGUAGCCAUGGACCUGCGAGCGGAGCUGCUGAAGUCCAUCUGGUACGCCUUCACCGCCCUGGACGUGGAGAAGAGCGGCAAGGUUUCCAAAUCCCAGCUCAAAGUGCUGUCUCACAACCUGUACACGGUGCUGUGCAUCCCCCACGAUCCCGUGGCGCUGGAAGAGCAUUUCCGUGAUGAUGAUGAUGGGCCGGUGUCCAGCCAGGGUUACAUGCCAUACCUCAACAAGUACAUCCUGGAUAAGGUGGAGGAAGGUGCUUUUGUCAAAGAAAACUUUGAUGAGCUCUGCUGGACCCUGACAGCGAAAAAGAAUUACAAGCCUGACCGGAAUGGGAAUAGCAUUAUAUCCCACCAAGAUGCCUUCAAGCUCUGGUGUCUCUUCAACUUUCUGUCUGAAGACAAAUACCCUCUCGUCAUGGUGCCAGAUGAGGUGGAGUACCUGCUGAAGAAGAUCUGCACGGCCAUGAACGUGGAGCUGAACUCCUGCGAGCUGGAUGACUACCUCUCCCAGGAGCCACAGGGGCAGGGGGGGCUGACGGUCUGGCAGUUCCUGGACAUGGUGAACUCGGGGCGGUUCCUGCGAGGCAUUGAGCAGGAGGCUGUCAGCAUGGCCGUGGAGGAGGUGUACCAGGAGGUCAUCGAGGAUGUGCUCAAACAGGGCUACCUCUGGAAGAAAGGCCAGCUGAGGAGGAACUGGUCAGAGCGGUGGUUCACGCUGAAGCCCAGUGUCCUGUCCUACUACAUGAGUGAGGAACGGAAGGAGAAGAAGGGGAGCAUCGUGCUGGACAAGCACUGCUGCGUGGAGGUGCUGCCCGACCGGGAUGGGAAGAGGUGCAUGUUCUGCGUGAAGACCUCCUCCCGCACCUACGAGAUGAGUGCCUCUGACACCCGGCAGCGCCAGGAGUGGACGCUAGCCAUCCAGACAGCCAUCCGCCUGCAGGCUGAGGGCAAGAAGUCCCUGCACAAAGACCUGAAGCAGAAGCGACGGGAGCAGCGGGAGCAACGGGAGCAGCGCAAGGCGGCCAAGGAGGAGGAGACGCAGCGGCUCAAGCAGCUCCAGGAGGAGAAGGAGAGGAAGCUGCAGGAGCUGGAGCUGCUCAAGGAGGCCCAGCGGCAGGCAGAGAUACUCCUGCAGGAGGAGGAGCAGCGGCGGAGGCAGCAGCACGAGGAGAUGCAGAGGACCCUGGAGAUCCAGCUGCGGGAGGCUGAGCAGGCUCGUGCCUCCAUGCAGGCAGAGAUGGUCCUGAAGGAGGCAGAGGCAGAGCGUCAGCGCAAGCGCAUCUUGGAGCUGGAAGACAUGCAGGAGCGUCUCCAGGAGGCCCUGCAGCAGGAGGUGAAAGCGCGGCAAGAUGAGGAGUCCGUGAGAUAUGCGCAGGCCAGGCUACUUGCUGAGGAAGAGGAGAAGCUGAAGCAGCUGAUGAAGCUGAAGGAGGAGCAAGAGGAAUAUAUCAUCAAAACUCAGCGGGAGAAGCAAGUCCUCAAGCAGGAGAUGGAGAACAAGAACAAGUGUCUGGAAGAGGCGCAGAAGCAGCUGGAAGAAGUGAGAGUGAACAGGCAGCGAGUGGACCAAGACGUCAUGGCGGCCCAGCGGAAGCUGCGACAGGCCAGCACCAACGUCAAGCACUGGAACGUCCAGAUGAACCGACUGAUGCACCCCAUCGGGCCGGGAGACAAGCGUACAAACGUGAGCAGUGGAGGCUUCACUGGCUACCAACCCAUCCUCUCCCGGAGAGAUUCCUCCCUCAAACUCAAGCAGAAAGUGGAGGAUAAAGGCAGCAGCCCCACGAGGGACAACAGCAAGGAAAACGUGAGCAAUGGCGGGAACAGCGACAUGCCGCCGUCUACGGAUGCAGACAUGACCGCAGAGCCCACCAACUAGCCCGGCAGGAUGGCAGAGCCCAGCAGGAAACUGCAGGGCCCAGCACAUCCCUCCAAGCGGACAGUCAAUACGGCCAUCUCUGGAUGGACACAAGUGGGGACCAGCACAGAGCCUAUAUGUGAUUACAUAUAAGGCAGAGAUGCUCCCAUUUGCUUUAAAGGGCUGCAGCCACGACGUGCCGGGAGGCUCAGACAGCCCAAAAUUGGGGAGGAGGCAGCAGGGCCAUCUCCUCUGGGCUGCCCAGGUGUGGGACCUGGACUCAACUCCCCAGACUCUGGUUUCCACCCUGCCUAAAAAAAAAAAAAGUCACCAAUGGGUCUGGACCACGUGGCCCAGGGCCGCAGUUCCCCCUUGGUUUCUACCAGCAACCCUUCUGCAUCACCUGCUGCACCCCUGGGUGCAUGGCCCUGCAACAGCAGCUGCCAGGGAAGCCUUGGCAGACUGAGCGGUGCCUUCUUGCCACCCCCACAGAAAGGCCAGGGUGUCCUUAACUAACACGUGCAUUCCCUGAAGGUGGUUGUUAGUCACUGGAGUCACGCAGAUGUUAGCAGAAGCCAAUAAGCAAUAAAGCUUUUGGAGCUGCUGGCCCACCCACCUCCUUUCCCGCAUAUCUGUGGCCUGCGGGCACCAGAUGUCCCUCCUCGGCAGUGUGGGGUUUGAUUCCCACUAUAGAAAAGAGCCCAUUAAAAGAAAUCAGACACCACCCGUGGAAAGGGGCUCCACCAGUGGAUUUUGGGUUGGUCUGUGGAGGGCCAAGAGGGACACACAGAUGCUGGUGAACUGC